AAAUCCUAAGUCUAGAUUAAUUAAUUAUAAGGGUAUAAUUGUCUUUUAUCCUUCAUUAAAAGUGAAGGUAAAAGUGGUUAGUGUAAACAUGAAAAGUGAUACUAUGAAUGUGCUAUUUGUGGCAAUUUUCCUUGACCGAUCCCACAAUAAGUUUGUUUUCCAAUACAGUAAAUAUGUCUAUUUUAGAUAUAUAAAUUGAACUGUAGAUAUUUAAAUAUCUAUUCAAUUUCCAGUUCAAUAAAGAAAUUUUAUUAUAUAAAGAUAGAUAAAUUAUUAUAAAUAUUUGUAACAAAUAUGUACUUCCGUUAAAUUUAUAUUUAACAAUUAUGUUUUUCCGUCCGAGUUAUAAAUUGUCUCGAUAUUUAUGAUAUUUUAGAUGAAAUAUUCUAAUCAUUGAAAGUAAUUCAGUUUUAGGUAUUUUUUAAAAUAAUUUUGGUAAAAUAUUUUUUUAUAAAUUUUCUUAUAAAUAUAUUUUUGUUACAACAAUUUAUUUUAAAAUAUGAGAAAAAUAAUAAUGUAAAAAAUUGUAUAAAAUAACACUUUUAAAGUAACUUAUUUACUCACUAUAUAACUAUUACUAAAAUAAUAUGAUACUAUUAAAAUAUUAUAUAUUGAUAAAAGAUAGUAAAAGAUAAAAAAAAUUAUCCCCUCCGUUAAGUGUUGUUUUGAGUUUAUGCACACAUACUAAGAAAACAAUUAGUUUUGAGUUUGUGCACACAUACCUAUAUCAUAUUUUUAACCAAUAUAAAAAUAAUUUUCUGAAUCAAAUUAAUAAAUUUUGCAUUGAAAGUCGAAAAUAAUACUUUUUGUAACAAAAAAAUUUCUUUACAACGAUAUUUAAUAUAAAACAGAGGAAGUAUGUUUUACUCUGCAAGCGGAUUUGAAUUUUGAAGUAAACCGUUACAUAAUGAUUGGAAGUUCAGCAAACAAGUGUGUUUUUGUUCACUAAUUCAUGUCUUGAAAAACGCAAACUCAUAUUUCUAUUUUUUCCUAAAAACGUCAAUUGCAAAAAAGUUGAUUGGUGAAAUUAGACUGCAAUAACGUUUCUUGAAAACCGCAGUUACUAACGUUACCAUUCAAGAACAGUCUGUAUAAUUGUGCAAGUGUUUUUACCCUUGACUAUAGACACUGAAAAGGAGGACAUAAACUUUCUAUCUAAUUUUACAGUAGGAUAAAACCAUAGGCUGAAAUUUGGUGCUCAAAAUAGUCAAGAGACAUAUUGGUUUUGGAAAUAUAAGAGAGAGAGAGAGAAAUGAACAAAGAUCCAUACAAUACAUUUAAUUUGGUAGUCAAUAUUUACCAUUGAAAAGUAGUAGUUUAUGAGUAUAUGUCAUCAAUGCUGUCAAACGUUCUACCAAAACGUGCACAUUGUAUAUCCUUUUGACCCAGUCGUGGUUAGUGUGAAUACGAACCGGGAAAAAAGUGAGUGUGUGUGUAUACAAAAUUACAAUUAGUUUCCUUUUUGUUAAUACAUGUACAGGGGUGGUCCUGAGUACAGCAAAUUGAAACAUCAGUUUAAGGCUCCUAAAUUUUUUUAAAAAAAUUACAUAGAAAAAUGUUCAGAAUUUAUAAAAAAAAAUUUUAGAAAACUCUCAUUAAAUUGUUUUAGGCCUCCAACAUCUCAGGAACGCACCUGUACAUUUACGAUAUAACCAUUUGUUUUCUGAUUCGUAUUGGUUCGAUACAAAUAUUCACAAUUAUUAAACUAGAAUCUAUUUGUGUGUUUCUCUUAACUAAUUCAGUUUCAAACUAGAGAUUUUUGAUUUGAUAUGGUUUGGUUUUUCAGUUUGGGGUAAAUUUCUCAGGCCUAACUUAAUUAUGUAAUGUUCAAGAAAAUUGGUUUGUUUGGUUUCCAGCAAAUAUGUUUUAGUUUCUUUGUUGGAAAUAUUCGUGUGUUUAGUCCAAUUAUCUACAAAAUGGGGUGAUCUGUAGGAAAAAUGAUAACGUAAAGAAUUCGCUAAUUCUCUGUGAACACCAAAUACUACAAUUUUCUACGUAGUUAAAUUUUUUUGGUUAAUUUUUUUCUUGGUAAAUACGUAGUUAAAUUCGUCAAAUAGAUAUCAAAAAUGGACAAUUAUCAAAAUAACUAAAACAUAAACAAUACAAAAUUAUCAUAAAUGUAUGCUACAUCGCAAGCAGGAAGGAACAUACUCGUCAUUCAUGACGUUAAUCAUUUUCCGCAGCAGAAGUUUUUUUUCUUUGACUUAGAGCAUCUCUAAUGUAAAACUCCAUUUUUUCCUCUAAAAUGGAGUAAAAGUGAAAAUUGAGUAAAAUUGCUCCAACCCUACUCCAUUUCCCACUCCAUUAUAGAGUGAUGAACAAACAAAAAAUAAACUACUCCAUUUAUGGAGUAAAUUUCAUUAUAGAGUGAGAUAUGGAGUUGGGUUGGAGCAUUCCUUACUCCAUAUCCAUUUUUACUCCAUUUUAGAGGAAAAAAUAGAGUUGGGAUGGAGAUACCCUUAAGCAGCAGAGGUUUGUUUCUCCAUAAGAAUUUGCAGUUCUGUAAAAAUCCUCGCUUCGUAUCCUUCCUUUUGGAAAAGAUAUAUGAUAUGUUGACUUUGCUUAUCUUGAAUCAUCAGUCAAAAGUGAAAACAGAGUAUAUUCAGUAAAUUUAAUUUAAUUCUCAAAAAAAUAUUAUUCAGUAAAUUUAAUUUAAUUCUCAAAAAAGUUUAAUCAGUUCUUUUAAUUUAAUUCUCAAAAAAAUUUAUUCAGUUCAAAAAAAAGUUUAUUCAGCUCACCAUAUGUUAUUACAAAGAAAUAUUAUUUAAAAAAUUAAUAUAAGCUGAAAACAAGUACCAAAUGUGUAAAAAGAUAAAACCCAUUUUUCCAACUACUUUUUUUUUCCCUUAACGUCGCAUUUUCAAGUAUGCACAAGAUUCCAACUAAUUAGCAAGAAAAUGAAAGAUAUACACCGAAUUGCAACUAUUAGGUCCUACUGUUUAAUAACGGUACAAAUCAGGCAACUAAACGGGACUCAUCACACUUUCCUUAACUCUCUCGCCUCUUUGAAUCUCCUACCUGCCCAAACAUAUCAAUUCUGUAUUGUUUCUUUUUGACCAAAUAAUUUAUUUAUGUACUUUUAUUAUUAUGAGGCACAUGCAUAUAGCGAAGCUUUAUUUGACUGACAUGCGUGCCGAAAUCUAAGAAAAUAAAAUACGAGCUCGUGCAUAUAUAUAUUGACGCCAAACGCAGAGACCAAACCUCAUCAAAGCCACAGCUGUUUAAUACUUAUCCAACACAAAAAAAAAACAGCUGCGAGUUUGAUCAUCUCUCUUGUUUUCAGAAACCAACUUAUAAAACUUCUUAGGUAUAAACCAGCCAAAAGUGUAAUGGGUCUAAUCAGUGAUGAGUACGUAAGGCUAUUAGGAGCAUGGCCUAGCCCUUUCGUGCUGAGGACUCGGAUCGCACUUAACCUAAAGCGUGUACCGUACGAGUAUCUUGAAGAAGAAGAUAGUUUAAAUUCGGAGAGCGUGUUAAACUACAACCCUGUCCACAAACAGAUCCCUAUACUCAUCCACGGCAAUAAACCAAUCCGUGAAUCUCUCAACAUCGUCAUGUACGUCGAUGAAACUUGGCUCUCUGGUCCUCCCAUCCUUCCCUCAGACCCAUUUGAUCGUGCCGUAGCUCGCUUUUGGGACGUCUACAUCGACGAACACUGUUUCACAUCAAUCAAUGGAGUGGCGGUAGCAAAAGACGAGGAGGAAAGAAAGGCUGCGAUAGCAAAACUAGAAAUGUGUAUGGCUCUAUUGGAAGAAACGUUUCAAGAAUGCAGCAAAGGAAGAGGCUUCUUUGGAGGAGACAACAUCGGAUUCAUCGAUAUUGGUUUCGGAUCGAUGUUGGGUCCUCUCAAGGUUCUUGAGAAAUUUACCGGCGUCAAGUUCAUACAUCCAGAAACGACACCAGGUCUUUUCCAUUGGGUAGACAGAUUCUACUCCCAUGAAGCAGUCAAGCCUGUCAUGCCCGAUAUCGAAAAGCUGGUCGAGUUUGCUAGGCUUAAGUUCAAUACUUCAUUCUUUAAAUGAAGACCAAAGAUUAUAUAAAUUAUAUUUAUGUACCGAAAUCUAGACGACGGGUAUAUUAUCAUAUGCUUCUAAUAAUCGAGAUCGCUGAAUAAGAUAUAGACUCGGCUAAUUUAAAGGGACGGACAAAAUAUUCUCUUGUAUUUUUUCUCUUUUUGAGAAAAGUUUUUAUUUGUUACAUUUUACAUGGAUGCAGAGAUAAUCAGUUGUGUCCCGUAAAAACGAGUACGUUCUUCUUUGUCAGAAAAAAAAGAGUACGUUCUUCAUUGGUAAUUAAAUUAAAUUUUCAUUGAA